AUGGUGCAACCCAAGAAGAAGUUUCGUGGAGUCAGGCAGCGCCACUGGGGCUCCUGGGUCUCUGAGAUCAGACACCCCCUCCUAAGGGUGUGGCUUGGUACCUUCGAAACCGCUGAAGAGGCUGCACGGGCCUACGACGAGGCCGCCGUUCUGAUGAGCGGCCGCAAUGCCAAGACCAACUUCCCCGUGCAGAGGAGCAGCACCGGCGAUCCUGCCCCAGCUGCAACCCGGGACGUUCGUGGCGGCAGCUCCUCCUCCUCUACGAGCAACCUGUCCCAGGUUCUCAGUGCCAAGCUUCGCAAGUGCUGCAAGGCGCCGUCUCCGUCCCUCACCUGCCUUCGCCUUGACACCGAGAAGUCCCACAUUGGCGUCUGGCAGAAGCGUGCAGGGGCCCGCGCCGACUCCAACUGGGUCAUGACCGUGGAGCUCAACAAAGGGGCCGGGCCAUCCGGCGAUGCGGUGGCAGCGCAGUCCACAGUGUCAGCAACCACGGCUUCUUCACCGGCGAGUACAAUGGAUGACGAGGAGAGGCUCACGCUGCAGAUGAUCGAGGAGCUGCUGAGCAGUAGCGGUCCAGCUUCGCCAUCGCAUGGAGAAGAAGGUAGCUUCGUCGUCUGA